AUGAAGACACUUCUGUUUCUGUUACUCCUGCUUUAUUGUGUUGCAUUUGCAGAAAAACACUCUCUGAGGUUCUUCCUCACAUCAUCAAGUGGAGUCACAGAAUUCCCAGAUUUUGUAGCUGUUGCUUUGCUUAACGAAGCAGAGGUAGCUUACUAUGACACCAGCAUCAAGAAAACUGAACUGAAACAAGACAGGAUGAACAUCGUUGUUGGCGAUCGCUGGGAGAGCAGCACACAGAACUGCAGGAGUUACAGACAGAUCUUUAAAUCUGAAAGUAACAAGUUUAAGGAGCGCUUUAACCACACUGGAGGUGUCCACAUAGUUCAACAAAUGGCUGGUUGUGAAUGGGAUGAUGUGACCGGGGAUAUUGUUGGUUAUCAACAGUACGGUUAUGAUGGAGAAGACUUAAUAUCUUUGGACCUGAAAACUCUAACAUGGAUUACUCCAAGGCCACAGGCUGUCGUCACCAAACAUGAGUGGGAUGGAGAUAAAUACAGAUGUGAAUUUUGGAAAAACUUUGUUAUGAAGGCUUGCCCUGAAAAGCUUCAGAAAUAUUUAAAGUUCUGGAAAAGCUCUCAGCAGAAAACGGUUCUUCCCUCAGUGUUUCUCCUCCAGAAGACUCCCUCCUCUCUAGUCAGCUGCCACGCUACAGGUUUCUAUCCUAACAGAGCCGUGAUGUUCUGGAGGAAAGAUGGAGAGGAGAUCCAUGAAGGUGUGAAAAAAGGAGAGAUCAAUCCAAACCAUGAUGGGACCUUCCAGAUGAGUGUCGAUCUGAAUGUUUCAUCGGUCACAUCUGAAGACUGGAGGAGAUAUGACUGUGUGUUUCGGCUCUCCGAUGACAACAUCAUUACCAAACUUGACAAAGGAAUGAUUAGAACAAAUCAAGAGAACCAAACUGAUAUUAUUAUCUUCGUCAUUGCUGCUCUGGCUAUUCUUGUUGUCAUCAUCAUCACUUGCAAAGUGGCAUUUAUGAAAACAAAGAAAAGCCUGGCUACAAUACCUGACCCCGCCCCAGAGACGGGACAAGUGGAGUUCAAGGGCUUUUGGACAAAAGGUGUCAAACGGAGCAUUGGACUUGGCCUGCCACGUCCUCCCGAGGCUGCUCCUAAUCCUAUUAAUGUGGGCUGCGGAGGAGUAUGGAUCCCGCACUCCCUUCAUCCCGGCAACUAUUAA